CCCCGGCUAGAUUCGAUCAGUAAUCGCGCCAAGUGCCGAACGGCCACCCUCGCCCGCUCCACUUCUCUCGGCCAAACCCCCGGCCGCCUCGGUUGACUUGCAAGCCGGUGCGGGCUACCGGCGGGCGCAUUACCUAUAGAUGGGCGCUCGUCACUGUCUACCUGUCGCUAAGUUGCUCUGUAGUUAGCUACGUAGUAGAGAGGAGUGCUGCCCGUCUCCCCCUUACACGGCCCCAUCUGUGCACAACUGUCAAGGCAGCUCUCAACACUCAACAUGGCGACCAAUGCCAGCAGCAAUAGCAGUUCCAGCACUGCCGCCGCCGGCAAACCGGUCGCCCUCCUGGUCGGAGCGUCCAGGGGCAUCGGCCGGCAGGUGGCCAUCGACCUAGCCGCAAACGGCUAUGCAGUGGUCGUAGCCGCGAGGUCAGAGUCGGGGAGCGGCGAUGGCAAGUCAGAGAAGGCGGCGUGGUUCCCGCCCGACCCAAACUCGCCCCAGUCAACCAUCACUACGGUCGCGCGCGAGAUCCGCGAGGCCGGCGGCGACGCAGCUGCCAUCCCCGUCGAUACGCGCGACUUUGCCAGCGUGCAGGCGCUCGUCGCCCGGACCGUCGAGAGAUACGGCCGCCUGGACGUGCUCGUAUACAACUCCGGCGCCAUUUGGUGGGCGUCAGUCGAAGACACAUCCAUAGCGCGCUUCCAGCUCAUGCAGCGCGUCAACGUCGAGGGGCUGUACGGGGCCGUGCAGGCGACGCUGCCGCACCUCAAAGGGUCCUCUUUUUCUGGGGGAGGAGGGCGCAUCGUCGUGGUGUGUCCGCCCAUCUACAGCCGCUUCUUCCGCGGCAAGACUGCCUACGCCGUCGGAAAGGUUGGCAUGAGCGUGCUGGUCAAGGGGCUGGCCAUGGACUUUGAGAGGCAGCAGCAGCAGGGGACUGGUGAAGGGGGCCUUGGUAUGGCUGUCACGGGGAUUUGGCCUGCCGCGGCCAUCGAGUCGGCCGCGACGGAAAAGUUCACGCGCCAAGACCCGUCAUACGCGCGGGACCUGCGCAAGCCCACCAUCUUCUCGGACGCCAUCCUGGCCAUGCUCCGCGCGCCCGCAGCCGUCGUCAACGGCCAGCUCGAGCUGGACGAGGACUUCCUCCGGCGCCACGCCGGGAUACAAGACUUUUCCAGAUACGCCGUAGUGCCAGGAGCGUCGCCGCGGAGGAUCAUGCCCACCCAGCUGCCCGACCUGACCGUCAAGGAGCAGGAUGACGAAGGGAUGAGGGCGGAUAGCACAAAGCCUGCAGGUGCAAAGCUUUGAGUUUGUUCUCUAUCCGACCUCAUAACUGUUGUUCCCUGCGGUGGUUCAACCACAAUUCAGCCCGGGUUUGAGGGUUGGCGCAAUACAUGCUGCUAGGCCUCUCUCCCUUCUCUACAUGCUCUAGGUAGGGCCUUUUUGGCAAAAUCACGACGCAAGAGAAACCGAUACAGAAA